AUGACAAUCAAACGCCGGCCAACCGGGUCCCCUGAAUCAUACCCAAAGGACUUUGUGGAAGUUUGCGACCAUGUGUACGAGCGUCUGAGGCAAGAACAACUCAUGUUGAGACGGAGGCUACUCGAGCUCGACAAUUUCAUAUUCGGCCGGCCGGACUGGAAAGCCGUUGUGUUGGGGGAGCAGGAAGUGGUAGGAACGAAGUCACAUGGUGCGGUUCGGGUUCUCUGCGGGCAUGAGAUCCACUGGCUCCCGAACGUCGUGCGGCCUGACCCCGAAGGGCAGGUAACGCUGCAUGUCCCGACGGAGAUGGCCCAAUGGUUCAAGAUCGCAAUGAAGGCCAAGUUAGGCGCUUCCGUCGACUCUCUACUUAUUAUAUCUGAGAUACACGAUGCGUGUGUGUUACUACCUCUGGCAGCCGUGUCUUACUGCCAAGACACGAGCCAUGGACAGAGCACCUGUGAUAAUAUCGCGGCCAGCUUUCUCAUUCUUUCCUUGAAACAACCUAACAAGGGUUUUCGAGCAACGGAAGAUGAAGUGCUAAUCCUUCUGAACCCCGACAGCACAGUUCGCUUCGUCGAAGCCGCCACCAAAGGUCAAAAACUCUCCUUCAAACCCCAGUGGUACUGCUUUCCAGCUAUCUUGGCGUCCAUCUGGGAUACCUUGCCGACCUCGAAGAUUGGCAACUCAGCCCAGUCGGUGUUCCAGCAUUACGGGGACUUAAACGAUAGGCCAGCGGUCCCAGGUAGACGGUAUUAG